UGGAAGCCGGUCUCUCGCAUUUGCGGACCUUCAACGGUCGUGAUAUGGCUGCGCAGCACCGUCAAAACGUGACGGCUCUUAUUUCCCGACACCGAAAUACAAUCAUCCCAAUUAAUCCUCCCAAACCCCUUAGUUCAAGUCAUCAUCGGCGGGGUGACUCAGCCCGGGCCGCGCAACACCAAAAAUGGCUGCAACAAACCCGGCCAACUGGCCCAACACAACAUGCCGCACUGCGCCGCAACUUUCAACCGCCAACAUCAGAAAGCUUUAAAAUACCCCGAAGCCUUUUGUCUCGUCACAUCUCUUCCUCCUCCAUUUCCACAUUCACACAAAACACCACAACAACCUCCACCAUGGCCGACACACCAGAGACAACUGCUACCAGCCCCCAAGCCACAUCCACUGCCGACCCAACUGAUAGCAAAAACAAUCCCAUAAUAAUCGCCCCCCUCCAAUCCAUCGCCAAAUUCAAAGCCCGCUCCCACGACACCUCCAAGGAGGUGCACAUCCCCCUGCUCCAAUCCCACACCCACAACGCGGCAGUUCAAUGCGGCCCCACUGUCGUGUUAGUCGGAGACUCGAUGCUCGAGCGCAUGACCACGACCGGCUCGACCCCCAACUUCACCGCGCCCUGGCCCUCGCCCGCCAUGCUCAGUGACGCCGCCCUCGCCGCCCUGCACCCUGCAGCUGACACCGACAUCCCAAGCCCGCGGCGGCUCGACCGCGUCUUCAACGCCGGCGUCGGCGGCGACAAGAUCCAGAACGUGGCCUACCGCCUCGUUGGCGCCGAACCCGAAGGCGGGGAGGGCGGCGGUUUGCCGGGCCUGCUGCCCAUGUUGGCGGCGUGCGGGACGGUGCGGGUGUGGGUGGUGCAGGCGGGCACGAAUAACCUGUCGCCGAAGAAGGGGCUGGUGGAGCGGGAUUGUGAGGCGUUGGAGGUGUUGCUGGGUACGCUGCUGGGGGUGAAUCCGAGGGGUGGGGAGUGUAAAGUGCUGGUGACGGGGUUGUUCUACAGGAAGGAUGUGUCGGUGGAGUUGGUGGAUCAGGCGAAUGGGAAGAUUAGGGAGGUGGUUAAGAGGUUGCAGGAGAGGUGUGGGGUGGGGAGGGUGGUGUUUCUGGCGCCUACUGCGGGGGUCAAGACGGAGGAGCAUUUGGUGGAUCAUGUCCAUUUGAACUUGGAGGGCUAUCAGCUGUGGGCCGCGGAGCUAUUUCCUGCGGUUAAGGCCAUUUUGGACUCGACGAUGAACUGAGGGGGCUGAGCUGAGCUGGUUCGAACAUAAGACCGACGAGGUUCGGAAAGCUUGAGCAGACUGGGCGUAGAAACCACAUGCCGAAGCAAUCACUUCCGAAAGCAAAAUGGGUGAUAUUGUGUUAUAAUUGACAUUAUAAAAAACGACUAGCUACGCCUUUCUCUGAGGCAAAAAUGGCUGGAC